GGCUCGGAGCGAGGAGCAGCCCGCGCGCUGGUCUGCACAGGGCUGGCUGGUGCUGUCUGCGCUGGACUGCCAGCGCUGAGGAAUAAAGCUCCUCCGAGCGCCCCGGUUUGUUCGCUCCCAAACUGCCCUGCCUUCCCCCCUCUGCCUCCCCAACUUGAGAAGUGAAUAAAAACCGCCUCGGCCAUCGGAGGAUUUCGGACCUGCCCCGGGGAGGCAGAAGUGGAUGUCGCCGGGAGCGCGAGCGCGGUGUCGCAGGCUGGCGGGGAGCGGGGCUCUUCGCGGAGGGAAGAUGCUGUGAUUUUAGCCUGGCUCGGGUGCCCAAAGCGCACUUCUUACAGCUUUCUUCGUAAUGAGCGGCAGAGGCAGAGAGAAAGAAGAGCGAGGGGAGAAGGCAGUGCUUUCUCCAGCGUCAGAUCUGAAAGCGGUGAGUCGAACUGGAAUACGGUUUUCAGGCUAAACGACAAAAAUUAGUGCAUGUCAGCCAUGGAGACCAACCAGGAAUCCUCUAUCUUCUUGGUGAAGAUACUGGAAGAACUGGACACCAAACAAAAUACUGUUUCCUAUCAGGAUCUUUGCAAGUCACUGUGUGCGAGGUUUGAUUUAUCUCAGCUGGCCAAGCUCAGAAGCGUACUGUUUUACACUGCCUGCCUGGAUCCUAAUUUCCCAGCUACUCUGUUCAAAGACAAAAUGAGAUGCACUGUAAACAAUCAGCAAUCAAAGAAAAUCAUGGUUGCGGCAGAUAUAGUAACAAUAUUCAACCUCAUACAAAUGAAUGGGGGAGUGGCCAAGGAAAAGCUGCCUGUUGCAAGACAGAAAGUGAGAAAGAAAGAAUCAUUUGAGUCUUGCAGAUCAGACACAGAAAUAUGCAACAUGGUGGAUUGCGUGUCUAACUGCGAGGUGAACGACCGAGAGUUCAACAGGGGCUUUUCAGGCAGGAGGUCUUCAAAAUGCAGGAAGGUGGAUUGCAAAGACUGUCAACAGUUCAUCCCUUCAUCAGAACCUAACUUUUUACUUGGCGUGAACAAGGAAAUGAAAGGUCGAGCAGCCUCACUGGAUAGGCUGCAAGCAUUAGCGUCUUACUCCAUCGCCAACUCCCCGCCCUGUGAAAUGCAGAGCACGUACUUUCCAAUGAACAUUGAGAAUGAGUCGAUCUCUGACCAGGACUCCUUGCCGAUCAAUGCAGGCAUAAAAGAGACUUUCAUAUCGAAUGAUGAACCAUUUGUGAUGCAGUCAUGUGUACAGAAAAGAAACAUAUUCAAAGAAGACUUUCAUAAUCUGAUAACGAUAUCUCCCAGUUUAAUACCACCCAGUAAAAAGCCAGAAGAUGGACAUGGAGAGCAUCAGAACAGGAAAGAAACCUGCAAACAGGCUUUCUUCAACCACAGUUUUGAAAUGCCAUACAGCAGCCAGUACUUGAAUCCAGUUUAUUCUCCAAUACCAGACAAAAGACGAGUAAAGCAUGAAAGCUUAGAUGAUCUCCAGGCAUCCACCUAUUUUGGCCCAACUACCGUGCUUGGGCCUCCAGACACAAAAAAAUGGACUGGAAAGCAGAAUAAACAAACUGCUUGGCCAGCAAAAAGCUGGAGCUUAAACACUGAAGAGGUGCCCGAUUUUGAAAGAUCUUUUUUCAAUAGGAAGCAGACGGAAGAGAAGGUGCGAUAUCAGAGUUCAAACAGCCAGUCUCCAAACUUUCCCACAGCAGACAGGCACCAGACCUACCUAAAUCCCAAAGACCAGUCACCGAUGAUGCAGUCUGCCUAUGCCAUGAAAUCCAAUGGACACAAACCCAAGGAAAUCCCCUCCAUUCUUGACAUGGAAAAGCACGAGCCGGUCAAAAAGUUUAAGGAUAAGAGCAUUAACUGUACUUCUGUUCAGCUGUUAAGCAUCGACACAACCACCAGCGUUGGGACGCAAACAGAGCAGCAAGUGUUGGAACACAAAAAAUGCAAGGAUUUGUGCGCUCUGAGCCAAACCAAAUACGUAGAGAGGCACUCUUUAAAGCAAUCGGAUGAUGACUCUGAGAUUGUAAGUGAUGACAUCAGUGACAUUUUUAGGUUUUUGGAUGAUAUGAGUAUCUGUGGAUCUACUGGAGUUAUGCAGUCAUCCUGCUAUAACAGCACUGGAUCACUGUCUCAGGUACAUAAAUCUGACUGUGAAAGCUCUCCGGAGCACAAUUUAAAUAAAAUCACCGGUGGGAAUUCCAGUAACAAGCUGGAUAAAGUUGUCCGAUCGGAUAUCAACAGCACAGAUGAUGAACUUAAAACCAGCGUCUGCAAGUUAGUGCUGAGGAUUGGGGAAAUAGAAAAGAAGCUAGAAUCGUUGUCGGGUGUCAGGGAAGAAAUCUCCCAAGUCCUGGGAAAACUGAACAAGCUGGAUCAAAAAAUUCAGCAGCCGGAGAAAGUCAGUGUACAAAUAGACCUCAAUUCCUUGACAAGCGAGGCACAGUCAGAUGAGAGCACCUCUCCUCAGAUAUUUCAGUGUCAUAAUGCUUCUCAUGGGGCCAAGCUGGAGAACAACCCAGAAUGGUGCUGUUCGGAUGCCAGUGGGAGUAACAGUGAAAGUCUUCGGGUAAAAGCCUUAAAAAAAAGUUUGUUUACAAGGCGGUCCUCAAGGUCCCUGACUGAGGAGAACAGCGCUACUGAAUCCAAAAUAGCAAGCAUUUCAAACUCUCCUCGCGACUGGAGAGCUGUCACUUAUUCCAAUCAGGUUGGCAUCACAGAAGAGGAGAUGAAAGAACGAGGUGGAGGAGACAAUAAGGACUGGCACCGGAAAUCCAAAGAGGCAGACAGGCAGUAUGAAAUUCCACAGCCGCAUAGAGGCUCUAAACAACCAAAAGAUGCUUUCUUGAUUGAACAAGUCUUUAGUCCUCACCCAUACCCCGCAUCACUCAAGUCCCACAUGAAAAGCAACCCACUCUACACAGACAUGAGGUUGACAGAACUGGCUGAAGUGAAACGUGCCCAGCCAUCAUGGACCAUAGAAGAAUACACAAGGAACUCGGGCGAUAAAGGGAAACUUGCCGCUUUGGAUCUACAGACUCAAGAAUCUUUAAAUCCAAACAACUUAGAAUACUGGAUGGAAGAUAUUUAUACUCCAGGCUAUGAUUCCCUAUUAAAACGCAAAGAAGCUGAGUUCAGAAGAGCAAAGGUCUGCAAGAUAGCUGCCCUAAUUGCAGCAGCAGCUUGUACCGUUAUCCUGGUCAUUGUAGUUCCCAUUUGUACAAUGAAAUCAUGAAACUGUGGACAGACACAUGAAUCGCCAACUGUGUAUAUACAAUUCCAGAUAUCUCACUAUGUAUUUUAAACACCUUGUGGCAAAAUUGUAACAAUUUGCUGGGAAAAGAAUGUGCUGAGAUAUUCUGGUGAUUAGGGUUGUAAAUGACAAAAAUACAUUUUUUUUAAAUUAUUCUUUUAAAUAGCAAAACACCUAGCGGAGUUACGGUAACUCAGUUCAAUUUUUAUGCAUUUUUAAAAGUGCAAUAUUUUUUUUUCCUAAAGAAACAAUAAAAUGGUUUACAAGAUCAGCAACUGAUGAGAAUCUAGGUGAAAAAGCAAGGUUGCUUGAGCUGCAUGCUAUUUAGGGAGGAUAUGGGUAGGUGCAAGUUGCACUGUAUAGAAGGGGAUGUUCCUGUAUGCAUUUCAUAAGGGAGCCUGAGGGGAAGAUUAAAGCUCUUUACAAUGUGAAAAACUAUGAAUGUUUUGUAUUUGUUUUGCAGUAUUUAUGUGUUCUUUGAUCAUUGGCAUGAAAGCAGACUGUGCAGGUGUGAAAGGAGUUCAUUCUUAAGUUGAGAUUUAAUAAGGGCUCUUUGUUAUCUGGUCUUGCCCCAAGUUCCAUUUUAUUAUCACUAAGUACUUAGGUGAAGUGCCAUGUGCUGCAGACCAAAAAGAUUAUAUUUGAAAGCAAUCAAAAGGGGUUUCAGUUGCUUACGUUAGAAUAACAUUUGCUAAGAGCUGGCAAACGCUCCGUGCCAAAAGCGUAUUCUUUACCUCCUCAGACAGCGAAAACAUUGUGAAGUCCCUUCUGCCAGCCAACUGAACUGGCAAACCCAAGUGAACACCCAUUGCUCUGUUGUUUGGUUCUUGCAAAUGUAACCUGAACAGUUAUGAUUUUGUCACAAGUCUUUGUGCCUUUUAGCAUGUUGAUGAAUAGAACUGUUUAAUUUUGAUAUUUCAAAUCCAUAACAUAACUCAUAACACAAUGGAUAAUUUAUGUAGCUUAUUUUCAACAAGCCUUCUAUACAGUUUUGAGUGCUUACCAAAUAGCAGGUGUCGGUGGCUACUGAGCACUUAUAUUAAGGGCACAGUUUUUCAGCACAAGUGGAAACUUGUUAUUAAUGCAAGGCUUUCUGCAGUAGACUACUAGUGUUAAUACACUUAAGGAGUAACAUGAUGACUGUACUGCACAUCAAGCAGCCCACUUGGACAUUAAGUCCUGUCAGAAGUGCUUUCACCUCAACCUGGCCUGUAAGUUGAGGGGAAAGUUAAAUUCUGGCAGAAACAACCUCUUUACCAUGCCUGAAGAAAGCAGGCACUGAGGCAAUAUUUCUCUGAUGUCAAGUAGAGCUAAAUGGCAGUUUCAUUAGCUCUUUUCAGGAAAUAAUAUGGCCUUGCUCUUCCCUUAAUAAAAAAGAAACUUUUUGGAGAGAAGCUUGUUAAGUAGGAUAAUUUAAUUUCUUUUCAGAGGCUGUUCUCAAGUGACCCUGCGAUGGCGCUGCAAGUGGUGCUGGGGAUGGCAGGGGAGGGGUAUAAGGCAAGUGUGCUGUGCUCGCACCUUUCCCCCUUGGUAAAUGAAAUAAGGGAGGAAAUGGGGUGGGGGAGAAGGAGUGCGUGCUACUAUUUUAUAUUUGCACAGUUCCUUCUCUGGCUGCAGCUUUUUCUGCAUUGUCCACACACUGCUUUAGGUACAGGUCAGGGACAUCAACCGAUAGGAGACAUCAUGUACCACUGAUCUUUCAGGGAAAACCAAGAUCAAGAACAACACUUUUCCCCACUCCAGUUCAUUGCAUGUGUCAGAAGUCACGCCUGUGGAUAUCAUGUGGAAAGGAAGCCCUUCACAACCCUGACUCUUACAGGGAGCUGGAUCCUGAUUCAAAAUCUGUCACUUGGGCCUGUUUUGAAUAUUAAGCUUUCUUCUGGCUCCGAGAUGCCAUGUAAGGGAGACAAAGUGGUAACAGAGGGCUGCAUUUUUUUCAGCCAGUGGACUAGGGACUUUUGAGAUGUAUUGACUCUAUAUGUGGAAAUCUCUGCCUGAUCCCAGGUGGUAUCAGAAACCUUUUGGCUUUCACUGGACAUAGCUCUAAUUUUUCUGAUACCAAGCAGUAGACACUCUGUGACAGCACAAUGGCCUCGUUUCACUGCAUGAAGAAGUGUCUAGCCUCAUGGCAAAAUUUCCAUUGUUUGCAAUGGGCCCAGAAUCAGGCACAUGGUGAACGUAUGUGUAUCCUGGGGGAUAUGCAGCCUUCUGUAAAAGGACUUAUUCUGUCAAGAGCAUCUGACCCUUUUCCGUCAAGACUCGGAUGCAUCUGUUGAAAUCACUGCUGCCUUUUUGGUCACAUACUUCUUUGUUUAGAACCUCUUUUAAAUACACACGUGGAUAUCUGACAAACAAGAAAUGUUCUUGAUCAGAGGCAGGGUUUUGGCUGCUGUUGCACUGGUGUGAAAAAAGGAAUGAGGAACAGUUGUGGGAACCCCUUUGACUCCUUCAUGCUGAUGCAGAGGCUGCCUGAAUCAUGAUGUAAGUGCAAGAGCGAAAUGAGUCCUAAUAGGCAGUGCUAGCCCCAUGGGAUGGUGUGUGAUGGAGCGGAUCAUGGCUCCACCCUACUGAUCUUGGGCUGGCACAGGGGGAGCACACUUGCACUCAGGUCCUGAAUCAGCAGAGGGUUUAGGAACAUCACUCACUUGGGCAAUGUGAUUGGUCUUCCUGGCCUCAGUCACAUGCUUACACUGAGGCUGGUGUUAACCAGGCAUUGCUGAAUUGGGGCCUCAAGUCCCAGGGCCAAUGGGCCUGUUCUGACACUGCUGUGAAUCAGGGAGUGACUCCUGGGGUUGUGUGGGAGCAGACUGGUUCUCCUUGCCUUUGGUAAUCCUUGCCACUAUGAUGCCCUCCAUCCCCAUUUUUUCUAGGCCAGCUAUUAGAGCUAGGAAGCCCAUAGCUUCAUUUAAAAAAAUUUCAAAGCAUGUCCUUGGCAUUUGCUAGCCGUGUUUUAAAUCUGGCUAAAAGCUGUUGUCCUAAAAUAGCUAACAUCAUGCAGUUGAGCCCUGGCAGGUUUGACCUGGCCUGUGACUCUGAAUACAGCAAUUCCUGGAAGGCAGAUCCCUACAGUUUUACAUAGAGUAUAUACACUAGGUGAAAUUUUGACAAUACUAACUUGCAAGAAUAUCGUGGUCAAUCUUGUGAACCAGUUACCAAACUAGUAUAUACUGUAUACUAUAUGAUAGACUUUUGUAUAAAAAAAUUUAAAGCUAUAGGUACAUUGUAAUCCUUGAUGUGAUUGAAAAAGUGUACUAGACAGUAUUACUCAAUUAAAAUAAUGAUGAGCAUAUUGAACUGGUUUUUGUAUUUAUGCCUUAUAAAGAAAUUUGGUAUAUACAUGAUCAAAUGGAACUGUAAGAAACAGAAAGGAAAAUUACAUUUUGGGGCAAAUCCCACUCACCUUACUAUGGCAGAAGACGCCUGCUGAAGCCAGCUGGAUUACUCAUGCGAGUAAGAAGAGCACCAGCUGCCCUGAGUGAGUUUUUAAGGGUUUCUUUUUUUUUUUUAAUGGGGCAUUUGGUUAAUGUAACGUGUAACAAUUAUUUUCUUUUAUAAAGCUAUUGUACAACAUUGCCUUUUGUUUCAUUUCAGUAAUAUAACGCCAAAUAAACUUGAACAUUACAAGUG